GAGGACGUGGCCGGACCCGAGCUCCUUCGCCCACGGGUCGCGCGACUCCGUCGUGCCCCACUGCGACGUGCCGCUCGGGCUGCCCACGGACGUGCGCUGCGUGGACGGGUCGCUGCCGGGCCUGCCUUACAACGAGUUCGUGGUGUACAGCGGCGCGCAGGUGCGCCUGCGGUACCUGGUGCGCGUCCAGCUGGGCCCCCCGCCGGUGCCGCGCAGCGUGGCGGCGGUGCAGGACGAGUCCUCGCCCGCCCGGAGCGGCGGCGGCGCCGCGAUGUCCACCGCGCCCCAGGUGUGGCUGCCAGCCGUGCCGAGCUGCGUGGUGCAGACGCCCUACUGCAUCUUCGCCAAGGCCGCGGUGGCCGACCGACUGCAGCACGCGGUCAGGUGGCAGUACCUCUUCGAUGAAUCGAGGUGGCACGACAGCACGCCCUGCGGGUGGGUGAACUACACCGAGGCAGACUCCGGGAAGCUGGAGGAGCGCUUCUGGGAGCUGCAGGACGGGACGGGCUACUGCCUCCCAAGGAUCUCCUCGGGGAGCUACGAGUACGACGUGGACCUGCGGAAGAUGGAGCAGACGAACGUGAGGACCGGCAAGACGCGAAGGGUGCGGCGUGCAGAGUUCGCCUUCCGGAGGGUGGUGAUCGAGGGGGGCAGCGUAUACCCGCUCCGCGUGGAUGUCGCCAGGCACGAGGAGGUGCACUGGGCCUGGGAGGUACAGGGCAACGAGAAGCUCAGGUUCGCGGCCUCCUUCGAGCCACGCGCCGGUGCGGAACCCUUCCCCUCGAACGGGCUCGCCGACCUCGCCCCUCCGCAGCAGGUGGUCAAGACGCAGAUUGCCAAGGC